CCUACCAAUCUUCGUUUAAACAAUAAUGCUUCAACUUCACCCUCUUCACCGCCGUGCCACCACGGCACAGCCACCACAGCCACCGUCUCUAACAACCACAAUGGCAGCCAUUUCGUUCCCAUGCAACCUACAGCCACUACUCUCUCUCAGUCACUCCAAAACCCUAAUGCAAACAAGACAAGUUAACGUAUUUUCUGUCACCAAUGUGUCGCGGUCGGAUGCAAAUGCGGUAUCUACUAAAACUACUGGUGGUGUUGUUGCAGCUCCACCGCAGCCAUUGCUACAAUUCUCGCCAAAUUCGUUACAAUAUGAGGAAGGUGAGGUGGUAGGAGUGUCAUAUGGUGGUGGUGUAUCCGAGUCAUCGAUUGGUGCAAUGGAGUACUUGACAAACAUAUUGAUGUCUAAGGUUUAUGAUGUGGCGGUGGAGUCGCCGCUACAACACGCAGCAAAGUUGUCCGCGAGGCUCGGUGUUGAUUUGUGGUUGAAGCGAGAAGAUACCCAGCCGAUUUUCUCUUUUAAACUUCGAGGAGCAUAUAACAUGAUGGCAAAACUUUCCAAAAAACAACUCACACAAGGUGUCAUCUGCUCUUCUGCCGGCAAUCACGCUCUAGGGGUUACGAUGGCAGCCAAAACGUUAGGCUGCGACGCUGUGAUUGUUAUGCCAAUUACUACGCCUCGGUUCAAGUGGGAGUCAGUAAAGAGUUUGGGAGCAACGGUCGUUCUCGAGGGUGACUCGUACGAUGAAGCACAAGCUUACGCCAAGAAUAGGGGCGUAAGAGAGAAUCGCACCUUCAUUCCUUCUUCCGAUCAUCCAGAUGUAAUCUCUGGUCAAGGAACGAUAGGAAUGGAGAUCAUGCGCCAAUCUAAAGGCCAAAUCCAUGCCAUUUUCGUACCCGUGGGUGGUGGUGGCUUGAUAGCUGGUAUCGCGGCCUAUGUGAAGAGGGUUUCACCUGAGGUUCGGAUCAUUGGAGUGGAGCCCGCUGAUGCAAAUGCAAUGGCUUUGUCAUUGCAUCACGGGCAACGAGUUAAGCUUGAUCAGGUGGGAGGCUUUGUUGAUGGUGUGGCUGUGAAUGAGGUUGGUGUCGAAACCUUUAGCUUAUGCAAAGAGUUGAUUGAUGGAGUAGUUCUUGUCAGCCGAGACGCGAUUUGCGCAUCCAUAAAGGAUGUGUUUGAGGAAAAUAGGAGCAUUUUAGAACCGGCAGGUGCUCUGGCUGUGGCUGGUGCAGAAGCAUACUGCCGGUUCUAUAACCUUAAGGAUGCAAACGUGGUAGCCAUAACGAGUGGAGCCAACAUGGAAUUUAAUAGGUUGAGACUGGUAACUGAGCUCGCAAACAUUGGUAGGCGGCAGGAGGCCGUGCUAGCUACCUUCAUGCCAGAGGAACCCGGAAGCAUUAAACAGUUUUGCAGUCUUAUUGGGCCAAUAAGUAUUACUGAGUUCAAUUAUAGAUACGAUUCUAACAAAAACCGAGCUCUCGUUUUGUACAGCAUUGGAGUCCAUACUAAAACUGAACUUCAAGCCAUGAUAGAGAGUAUGAAGUCAUUUCAACUAGAAACUAUUGAAUUCACAGACAAUGACAUGGUGAAAGAUCAUUUAAGACAUUUGAUGGGUGGUCGAUCGGAUGUCGCAAACGAGCUUCUUUGUCGAUUUAUAUUUCCGGAGAGGCCCGGGGCUUUGGCAAAAUUCUUAGACGUUAUUAGCCCGCGUUGGAAUAUUACCUUGUUUCAUUACCGAUCACAAGGAGAAUCGGGUGCGAAUGUACUGAUUGGGAUUCAAGUUUCGUCGGCUGAAUUAAAUGACUUUCGUAGUUGUGCAAACGAUCUUGGAUUCGACUAUGAAAUCGAAACAGACAAUGAAGGAUUCCAACUUUUGAUGCGUUGAUGUAACUUGAGUUGAGGCAGGAACUAAGAGGGAAUAGAGGAAAGUUCAGAUGGUGGCAGAUGGUGAUGACAGCUUGGGAAAAGAGAGAUAUGUGAGAAGAGAGCUAUUUGUUAUAUAUAUGGGGAUGAGUUACAAAGCCUUUAUAUCCGAUAAAUACACUAAAGCAAGAUCUUUCAAAAU